AUGUCCGGAAAAGGGAAAGGAUCGUCUUCUUCUCAGUAUUAUGAAUGAAAAGACAGAUUUUUUAUGUUUCUUGUAAACGAGUAAUAUCACUUAUUGAUCAGAAGAGAUAGUAUAACGAGCCGAAGUGAGCUCGUGUAAAGCUGGUUCAGGAUGUCGGCCAGUGCGGUGUAUGUGUUGGACUUGAAAGGGAAGGUCCUGGUGUGUCGAAAUUACAGAGGAGAUGUGGACAUGUCUGAGAUUGAACACUUCAUGACCCUUCUGAUGGACAAAGAAGAGGAGGGGACGCUGUCCCCCAUCCUGGCUCACGGAGGCGUCCGUUUCAUGUGGAUCAAACACAAUAAUCUUUACUUGGUCGCAACAUCCAAGAAAAAUGCCAGUGUGUCUCUGGUUUUCUCCUUCUUGUACAAAAUUGUCCAGGUGUUUUCGGAGUAUUUCAAGGAGUUGGAGGAAGAGAGCAUUAGAGAUAACUUUGUGAUCAUAUAUGAGCUGAUGGAUGAGUUGAUGGACUUUGGUUAUCCUCAAACCACCGACAGCAAGAUCCUGCAAGAAUACAUAACUCAAGAGGGACACAAGUUAGACACCGGUGCCCCACGACCCCCCGCCACAGUUACCAACGCCGUCUCCUGGAGGUCAGAGGGCAUCAAGUACAGGAAGAACGAAGUCUUCCUGGACGUCAUUGAGUCAGUCAACCUCCUGGUUAGUGCUAAUGGAAACGUGUUGCGUAGUGAGAUAGUUGGGUCCAUUAAGAUGCGGGUUUUCCUGUCUGGAAUGCCGGAGCUGCGGCUGGGUCUGAACGACAAGGUUCUCUUUGAGAACACUGGACGAGGGAAGAGUAAGUCGGUCGAGCUGGAGGAUGUCAAGUUUCACCAGUGUGUCCGUCUUUCUCGCUUCGAGAACGAUCGCACCAUCUCCUUCAUUCCUCCAGAUGGAGAGUUUGAGCUCAUGUCUUACCGCUUGAACACUCAUGUGAAGCCCCUGAUCUGGAUCGAGUCUGUCAUUGAGAAGCACUCUCACAGUCGGAUCGAGUACAUGAUAAAGGCAAAGAGCCAGUUCAAGAGGCGCUCCACAGCCAACAACGUGGAGAUUCACAUUCCUGUGCCAACAGAUGCUGACUCACCUAAAUUCAAGACCACAGUGGGCAGCGUGAAGUGGGUGCCUGAGAACAGUGAGAUCGUCUGGUCGAUCAAGUCCUUCCCUGGAGGAAAGGAGUACUUGAUGCGGGCUCACUUUGGUUUGCCCAGCGUUGAGGCUGAAGACAAAGAGGGGAAGCCACCGAUCAGUGUCAAGUUUGAGAUCCCGUACUUCACCACCUCAGGGAUCCAGGUGCGUUACCUGAAGAUCAUAGAGAAGAGCGGAUACCAGGCCCUGCCGUGGGUGCGCUACAUCACCCAAAACGGAGAUUACCAGCUCCGGACCCAGUAGGCAGCGCCUCAGCCGGCACGUGGGCAGGUGGAAGUCAAGACGGGGUGGAGUCGUGGUGCUAAUGUGCUGGGAAGGCAGGUGGCAGUCAGGAGAUAAGAGGACUGUCAGUAUUUACUUUAGUUGUAUAGCUCUCAAUUUGUUAAACCUCUAUUCAUUCACGAUCAAUGCAAUUAUUAGGCGGAUGCUCGGGUUAGGCAAGAUUCAGAAAGAUGAUUUUGUUACAGCUGAUUGGAUCCGGAGAUGAUGGAGACCAAGAAAAGCAGGGAGAAUGUUUACAACCACUUGUCUGUCUGUCACAGGGCUUCAGAUAGCUGAAAAGAGCGUGUUACAAUUAUGUAAAGUUACUGUAAUCACAACGGCCAUUCAGUUACAGUAUAUGUCCUUUGUACGAGGCUGCUUUGUUCUACCACAAUUCUUUUUGUUCAUUAUUUGUAUAUAUUUGUUACAUGUUAAUGAACUCAGUGUUAUUAGUCCAAAACUGUACAUUUAAAACAAAGCAUUUUGUAAUAUGAGCUGCAUGCCAUAGAUACAUGCCAAAAGAUCGCCUUCAUGGUUUGGUUUGGUUUUCCAUUUCGACUCCACAGAUUUAUUUUUCAGCUUUGCAAGGGAUAUUAAAAUGGUGAGUUUAGGCGGCAAAGGAAGCACCCCAACACCUGCUUUCCUUUUCUCUGUCUGUAACCGCGCUGUUUUUGCUCAUUAAAUGUAUAUUUA